CAUCUGAGCUUUUAGGGCGGACCUUCAAGGAAGGGCGUCUCUCUGAGUUGCACUGUGAGGUCUUCACACUCCUUCCUUCUAGAUGGAGGAGAAGGAGACAAAUGUGAAGACAGAGAUGUCCUUGGGUCUUACCUGCUUGCUGAUUCUCCUGGCCAGCUGCUCUUGCUGCCAGCACCACACGUGCCACUGUGCAGGCAGGAUAUUCAUCUGCCAGGAGAGCAAGGUGGUCCAGCUGCCUCGGGACAUUCCCACCAAUGCCACAGAACUGAGAUUUGUCCUCACCAAGAUCAGAGUCAUUCCAAAGGGAGCUUUCACAGGACUUCGUGACCUAGAGAAAAUAGAGAUCUCACAGAAUGAUGCCUUGGAGAUCAUAGAAGCAAAUGUGUUUUCCAGCCUUCCCAAACUACAUGAAAUAAGAAUUGAGAAGGCCAACAACCUCAUGAAGAUUGAUCAGGAUGCCUUCCAGCAUCUUCCAAGCCUCAGAUAUUUGUUAAUAUCAAACACAGGCCUUAGGUUUUUACCUGUUGUCCAUAAGGUGCACUCCUUCCAGAAGGUUUUGCUAGAUGUUCAAGACAAUAUCCAUAUACGUACAAUUGAAAGGAAUACAUUCAUGGGCCUGAGUUCUGAAAGUGUGAUUCUAUGGCUAAAUAAAAACGGGAUUCAGGAAAUCAAGAAUCAUGCAUUUAAUGGAACCUGCCUGGAUGAGCUAAAUCUAAGUGACAAUCACAACUUAGAAAAAUUACCGGAUGAAGUCUUCCAAGGAGCCAUCGGGCCUGUUGUUUUGGAUAUAUCAAGGACAAGAAUCAGCUUCCUGCCAAGUCAUGGAUUAGAAUUCAUUAAGAAGCUAAGAGCGAGGUCUACAUACAAGUUAAAAAAACUUCCUGAUUUAAGCAAAUUUAGAUCUUUGAUUGAGGCAAACUUCACCUAUCCUAGCCAUUGCUGUGCAUUUACAAAUUGGAAAAGACAAAACACGGAAUUAUACCCGAUUUGUAGCAUAUCUCAGGCUAAGCAAGACCUUGAUGAGCAGACUGGCAAAAAGAAACACAGACGAUCUGCAGCUGAAGAUUAUAUUUCCCAUUAUGGCACACGUUUUGGCCCUGCAGAGAACGAAUUUGACUAUGGCUUGUGCAACGAAGUCAUUAAUGUGGCUUGCUCACCCAAACCUGAUGCCUUCAAUCCGUGUGAAGAUAUCAUGGGAUACAACGUUCUGAGAGUUCUGAUAUGGUUUAUCAACAUUUUAGCUAUCACUGGGAACACCACUGUCCUCAUUAUUUUAAUAAGCAGUCAAUACAAACUCACUGUACCUCGCUUUCUAAUGUGCAAUCUUGCAUUUGCAGAUCUCUGCAUAGGUAUCUAUCUAUUGUUUAUCGCAUCGGUAGAUAUCCAGACCAAAAGCCAGUAUUACAACUAUGCCAUAGACUGGCAAACUGGGGCAGGAUGCAAUGCUGCAGGAUUUUUUACUGUUUUUGCAAGUGAACUCUCAGUCUACACACUGACUGUGAUAACUCUGGAAAGGUGGCAUACCAUUACCUAUGCCAUGCAACUCGACCGCAAGGUUCGACUUCGGCAUGCUGUGAUCAUAAUGAUUUUUGGCUGGAUGUUUGCUUUCACGGUGGCACUUCUUCCCAUAUUUGGCAUCAGCAGCUACAUGAAGGUCAGCAUCUGUUUGCCCAUGCAUAUAGAAACACCAUUUUCUCAGGCUUAUGUUAUAUUUCUUUUAGUGCUGAACGUACUCGCUUUUGUGAUCAUCUGCAUCUGCUACACCUGCAUCUACUUUACUGUGAGAAACCCCAAUGUUAUCUCUUCAAACAGUGACACCAAAAUUGCCAAGCGCAUGGCUAUACUGAUCUUCACAGACUUCCUCUGCAUGGCACCAAUAUCUUUUUUUGCAAUAUCAGCUUCACUCAGGGUUCCUCUCAUCACGGUGUCCAAAUCCAAGAUCCUUCUGGUUUUGUUUUACCCUAUUAAUUCCUGUGCUAAUCCUUUCCUCUAUGCCAUUUUCACAAAGACUUUUCGCAGGGAUUUCUUCAUUCUGUUGAGCAAGUUUGGUUGCUGUGAAAUGCAAGCGCAGAUUUACAGAACAGAGACUUCCUCAUCUGCUCAUAAUUUGCACACAAGAAAUGGCCAUUACCCUACCGCAUCAAAAAACAGUGAUGGGACUAUUUAUUCACUGGUUCCUCUGAAACACUUGAACUGAAAUGCUUGCAUGAAUUUGUGUCUGAGGCAGUGUGAUAAUCACUUUCAACUAUUUGAAUAAUGACUUCGACAUAGCAUGCAAACUUAUUUUUUAUGAGAAAACAUUUCUAUUUCCACUUUGCUUUUUUGUUCAUCAGCAGAGAUGACACAUCGUCUUCAUUACUUCUUGAAGGACAAAGAACGAAACUGCAGUAUAUGUCAAAGUGUCCUUGUAGAAUUGUGUCUGGAAAUAAAUGAGCUUAUAAAUGCAUAUCUCCUACUAUACAGGCAGAGAUUCCCCUCAGUCUAGAAAGAUGUCAGCUGCUUACUGAGAAUGAAGUAAUGGUUAAAUGUGGUCAAAAGGGGGGGAAAAAAAAAAAAGUGGAAUUAUUUUUGUUGGCUGUGAAAUGUGUUGGAACAAUGACAAAUAAAUAGCUUUUUUCAUUAACCUCAGAAGAUAUGGUUACAGAAGACAGAAGCCCAGUUUAAUGCCCUCCCAGGACUGUGUUGAUCAAGACAGGUGGGCCUAAAGAAUCAGAUUUCAUACGAAUUUCUAACAGUUUUGUUUAGCUGAAAUUUUGUUUCUGAGACAAGAGAGGAAGAAAAAGAGCAGAAGGAAUCCUUCAUAAUAAUCAUUUCUCAAUUUGAUUUAAUAAAGUUGGGUUAAAAUUGCUUUUACAGGGCUGGAUCCCUUGAGUAUGGCAAGGUGAGCCAAUGGGUACUCUUCAAGACUGUAAGAGGCAUUGCAGGCCUGUACCAUCCCCUUCACGGGACACUGGUCCUUUUAUAGCUGCUUUCAAGGUAGCUGUUUGUGGUUGUUUCUUUUUUCUUUUUUUUUUUGAAUUGAAAAAGCAGCGUAAGAAAAAAAUGCAAGAUGUAUUUUAUUCAUGCCUGCAAUGCCCGAAAAGCCUGCUGGUUUCUUCUCACCACUGAACAAUGUGUUUUAUGUGUGUAAUCUUUAAACUAUUUUGCAUUUUCCAUUCUGAAAUCCAUUUUAAUAAAACCAAUAUCAAAA